UCAUCAAGGGGGGAUGGAGACAAUAAAAGAGGAGAAGAAGGAUUGGAAAGACAAGACAAGGUUCUCCAUACCUGCUGCAACCAGACCAUACCUCAUCAGUCAACUCCUUCAUACAGACUCAAUACAAUGGAAUCUGCCAUCAAUGUACUUGUCUCCCAGUUCAAGACCUUUGCUGGAAAGGAUGGAUCCUCAAACACCUUGAGCAAAGAGGAGUUCAGCAGCCUGGUGGCCUUUCAACUACCUACUUUUGUCAAGAACGCCAGCGAUCCAGCCGUGAUCGAGCAGCUCAUGGGCUCGUUGGACGAAAACAACGAUGGGGAGCUGACAUUUCUGGAGUUUUGGCAGCUGAUUGGAAAACUUGCCAACAAGCAAGGGGGCUUUUAGCCAAUAAAAAGACUUCAUGGGAAUCCGUUGGACUAAAGAGUGUGUAGCAUUGUGCAUUAGGCUACAGUCCAAUGAAAUGAUCCUGUAGGUAGCUGUGUGGUAAACUUAUGAUCUGAAUUGACAUGCACAAUUCUUUAGUUGAUCAUUUUCUAAAGCAGGUGACUUUGAAUAAAAGGAUCCAUUGUCUUAACUCUC